AACCACCCCAAAUAUUUUCCUUACCCAAUCAAGACAAUGUCUAGAGCUAGUGUGAGGAAAAAUGUUCUGGAGACGAACAAAUUUCUCAAUGAGAAGGAUAAGUCAAGCCAAAGCUUCUUGUCCAGGCACCUGAAGAAGAUAUACCCGAUCGGCCUCAACCGAAGCAAUUCAUCCCUCUCACUCUCGUCCCUGUCCUUGUCGUUGUCCCAGAACUCUAAUGACUCGUCCCUCACAGAGCCCACUUCCCCACUGGAUCACAAGAUAGCAUUGGCGCUACGCCUCAUCCGACUACCGGAGAGAAGAUCAGGAGUUACUACGCUGUUUCCUAGGAAUGUUCGGUCAGCACAGAAUAUGAAUGUUCAGCCCGGAAGUCCGACUCCAAGUGAUGGUGGGGAGGUGAGGAGAUGCAACUGGAUUACAAAGAACAGUGAUGAAGUUUACGUAUCGUUUCACGAUGAGUGCUGGGGAGUCCCGGUUUACGACGACCAUCAGCUGUUCGAGCUACUCUCCAUGUCGGGCAUGCUGAUGGACUACAAUUGGACAGAAAUUUUGAAAAGAAAGCAAUUAUAUAGAGAAGCUUUUGCUGAAUUUGAUCCUAACUCUGUUGCCAAAAUGGGAGAUGAGGAGGUUGAAGAGAUAUCCUCCGACAAGGCAAUGAUGUUAGCAGAGAGCAGAGUAAGGUGCAUAAUAGACAAUGCCAAAUGCAUAUUGAAGGUCAUGAGCGAAUUCGGAUCGUUCAGCAACUACAUGUGGAGCUACGUGAGCCACAAGCCGACAAUCAACCGGUUCAAGUACCCGAGGAACGUCCCUCUCAGGACUCCCAAAGCGGAGAUCAUAAGCAAGGACCUACAGAAGCGAGGGUUCCGGCUCGUCGGCCCCGUGAUCGUGUACUCCUUCAUGCAAGCCGCGGGCUUGACGAUCGACCAUCUCGUGGACUGUUACCGAUACAACGAAUGCAUAAACUUAGCCGAACGGCCAUGGCGGCAUAUAUGAACCACGUCGGCCAGAGGUUACCAUUUUCUUUUUUCCCAUACCAAGGACCUGGUUUCAAGAAUUUGCCUAACUAAUGUGUAGAGAUAGCAAGCGACUCUCUGAAACUGAAAUACGAUAUAGUAACACAGAAGGUGGAAUGUGCAGCUGAUAUCUCUGUCUAUGUACAACUUUUUUUUUUUUAUCA